UGCUAUUUUCAAGCAUGAAUUCCAGGCGCGCAUAAAUGGCUGUCUUGGUUGAACUAAUGCAAGCUACCAUACGAUGAUAUUUCAUGAACAAAAUAAGCAAUUAUUUAUUCAGAAUUAGAACCAAAAGGCUUGGUAUUCAGGUAUUUCCAGUUGCCCUGGGGCUUGUGGAUCGGAAGCAGGCUUUGUAUUGAACUGUGUGGUCGGGUGUGGUCAGGUGACGGCAUGAAGCAGGAGGAUGUGCGGGGGCCCAGCUACACGGUGCCGUGCGAGGACUACGUGCACACUGUGGAGUUCAGCCCGUUCCACAGCGGCUCCUCCUCCCUCCUGGCCUACGGGGGGAACCAGCACGUGGUGGUGGGAACCGUCCGCUUCCAGGAGGAAGACACAGAGGUGGAUGGAGUGGAGUUCACUAUUUUGCGAAUCUUUCAUCAUGGGCUACGUGUGGACACCCUUGCUUGGAGCCCUGAAACCCGACUGGACCAGCUUCCCCAGGUCAUCAGGUUCUGCACUGCCGGGGCUGACCGGAAACUCAGGCUUCUGACGUCCGACCUGCAGGACACACACAAAAUGAAGGUGAUGGAUGGCCACACUGAUUAUGUCAAUCAUUUGGUGUUUGAACCAACAGAGGGGAAACAGAUUGCUUCUGUCAGCGAUGACCACACUUGCAGGCUGUGGGCUUUGGAUGGGAGCCUGACCACCACCUUCCUGCUGCAGUCUCCUGGGAUGAGUGUGUGCUGGCACCCCGAGGAGAUCUUCAAGUUGAUGGUCGCUGAGAAGAACGGGAUUGUGCGUUUCUACGACCUGGUUACCCAGCAGGCCAUUCUGUCCCUGGACAGCGGGCAGAGUCCUCUCAUGUCUGCUGACUGGUGCCUCACCAACACCAUUAAGGUGGGCGCGGUGGCAGGAAAUGACUGGGUGAUCUGGGAUAUCACCCGCUCCAGUUACCCACAGGAGAAAAGACCUGUUCAUGUGGACCGAGCCCGCCUGUUCAGGUGGUCUAGAGCCAAUGAGAAUCUCUUCUCCACCACCGGGUGCCCUGGAAAGAUCAGCAGCCAGUUAUUGGUGCAUCACCUUGGUCACCCGCAGCCUGUGAUGAUUGGAACAUCCACUGUUGGGGCGGGGCUAAGCUGGCAUAGGACGCUUCCGCUGUGUGUGGUUGGUGGAGACCAGAAGCUGUCAUUUUGGGUGACCGAGAUGUAGACCUACGGAGAAAUGCUAUAGUUAGAAUUAGAGGACCAAAAUGUAUAAAUUAUACUGAUUUGUUUUUUCCAAUAAAGUGUUAUUUUCAGUAA